GUUGUGCACAACCAGUUGUGCAAAAGAAAAUUGGUAAUUUUUGCAAGAAAUUUGGCCAAUAAAUAGUUGUAACGGAGUCAAAAUUUACACAACGGGAUUGUGUAAUUUUAGUUUGCACUUAUGUUGGUCUAAAUUUGUCUUCGUGUUGGCUAAAAUUAUUUUUGGUGAUUAUUGGGUAAAGAUUACUAAUAAGUUGGCCAAUUUUUAAGCAAAAGUUGUGUAAAUUUCCGUUUACACAAUUGUUGGGUAAAAUUUAACCAACAGUUUGGGGUAAUAUUGGACAACAAGUGGUUAAAAAAAGUUUGCUCAGUAUGCCACCACCAAACGCCACCGCGAGGUGGAAGACUUGAAAAUAACGACCGAGUUGAAGAGAUUAUAAUUUAUUCACCACUUAAAAUUUUAUAAUUAAUUAUAAAACUAAUCAAACAUGACAGAACUAUUAGAAAGUGCUCUGCAUAAUUGUGCUCUCACGCAUUAUCUUGAGAAGUUUAAGGAUAAUGACGUCGACGACAACGUCUUGAAGACUUUGACGGAUUGUGCCGCUGGGUCCAUGGAGGAGCGUCUCUUAGCUGAAAUUGUACCAUCGGUUGGUCACCGACUAAAGUUAAUUGCAGCUGUUAGAGAGGUUAGUCAGUUGAGGUCAAGCAAAUUAAAUUUACAACGUUUUUCUUGUAGUAUUUGCGGAAGUUAUUUUGCCUCUUUUAAAGAUUAUUGGAUUCAUGUUAGAGAUGUACACGAGAUUACUGGAAACAAUGGGAGGGUUAGAUUAAAUUGUCCAUUAUGUUCAAUGGUUUUUACUUGCUCUUUUAAUCUUAAGAAACAUGUUGAAAGACAGGUUUGUCCAGUGAUUAGAUCAUUUUUCUCAAAUUAUACGCACACAGAAAAUAUUGAUGAUGUAAAUACAAUGUCAAACAUAAAUCAGGAAAUAUUUUCACCCCAGCAAAUUCAGGAAGUAAAUGCCGACUAUAAACUUAUUUUUGUUAAGUCAUUACAAAUGUCAGGAGGAAUUUCUUUAUCAAAGUGCAAUGACAUUCUUUGCGCUGCUAACUCUUUAGUUAAUAGUAUUAUUGAAAUUGCAAAACAGUUGUCUAUCAAAAUCACAAGCCCAGAACUAGUUGUGACAAAAUUAAAUACAUUGAAAGACCCAUUUCCAAGUAAUAAUUCUUCUCAGUAUCAAAUUGAAAAAACUUUUAAGAGAAGGGUCGCUUUUAGUUGA